AUGGAUUUUCUUUCAACCAAUAAUUUAUCAUGUAAUGAUGAUACUUUAGCAGUUAAUAGUAACACAAUAAAAAAAUUACCUACAAUUAAUUAUGAACAAAAUAAUGAACAAUAUAUAACAACAUUUUCAACAUGGAAUGAAAAUGAACAAUUAUGUUUUGUUGAAAAUUUAUUAAAACAUAUGCAAAGUCAUCAACAUGGUCAAGUUAAUUUAUUUUUAUUACCUAUGUUAAAACGAGAUUUUAUCGGACGUCUUGCUUCGUAUGGUCUUGAACAUGUUGCAGAGAAAAUUCUUGGAUAUUUAGAUGAUCAAUCAUUAAAAUCCACCGAACUUGUUUGUCAUGAAUGGUAUCAUGUUAUAUCUGAAGGUAUGCUAUGGAAGAAAUUAAUCGAACGAAAAUUUCUUUCGAAUUCUUUGUGGCGUGGUUUAGCUGAUCGUCGUGGUUGGACUAAAUAUCUCUUUCGACAAUUGAUAAUUAAUGGUGAUAAACCUAAACGUCAUGAAUUUUAUCGUCAUUUAUAUCCUCAAAUAAUACGUGAUAUUGAACAAUUAGAAAACAAUUGGCGUACAGGAAAUUUUCAAUUAGAAAAAAUUCAAUGUCGUUCACAAAAUAGCAAAGGUGUUUAUUGUUUACAAUAUGAUGAUGAAAAAAUCGUUAGUGGUCUUCGUGAUAAUACAAUUAAAAUUUGGGAUAGAAAAACUAUGGAAUGUAUUAAAGUUUUAACAGGACAUAAUGGAAGUGUUUUAUGUUUACAAUAUGAUGAAAAAGUUAUUGUUACUGGUUCAUCGGAUUCAACUGUUCGUGUUUGGAAUGUUAAAACUGGUGAAUUAUUAAAUACACUAUUACAUCAUUGUGAAGCUGUACUUCAUCUUCGAUUUAUAAAUGGUACAAUGGUUACAUGUUCAAAAGAUCGUUCUAUUGCUGUUUGGCAAAUGAAUUCACCAGCUGAUAUAACGAUACGUCGUGUACUUGUUGGACAUCGUGCCGCUGUUAAUGUAGUAGAUUUCGAUGAUAAAUAUAUUGUUAGUGCAAGUGGUGAUCGAACAAUAAAAGUUUGGGAUACGACAACUUGUGAAUUUGUUCGAACACUUCUAGGCCAUAGAAGAGGUAUUGCUUGUCUACAGUAUCGUGAUAAAAUUGUUGUUAGUGGAUCAUCAGAUAAUACUAUACGAGUUUGGGACAUUGAAUGUGGCGCUUGUCUACGUGUACUUGAAGGACACGAUGAACUUGUUCGUUGUAUUCGUUUCGAUUCUAAACGUAUUGUUUCGGGUGCUUAUGAUGGUAAAAUUAAAAUUUGGGAUCUUCAAGCUGCACUUGAUCCACGUUCUCAAACAGCAUCACUUUGUAUAAAAACUUUAACUGAACAUACAGGACGUGUAUUUCGUUUACAAUUUGAUGAAUUUCAAAUCGUUUCAAGUUCACAUGAUGAUACAAUACUUUGUUUUAAUUUUCUUCAGGCAGAAUCACAUGUUUUGAGUAUAUGUCAAACACAAGCCACAAAUUUUACUCCAUCAACGACGAUGAUAGAAUCAUCUAAUAAUGAAAAUUCAAAUGAAAUACCAUCGAAUAUAUUUCAAAGUCAAGCUUCUGUUCAAUCAAUAAUGUCAUCAUCAUCCAGCUCGGGAAAAUGA